CCAACCAGCACUCUGUCUGUUGCCCUUGUUCUAACAACACAUGGGAGACAAGUCUUGAAUGCUCAGAUCUAUACAGCUUAAAACUGUAUUGGACCCAUUGAGCCAUUGCAAAUGGUGGUUACAGCCCAUAUUACACUGUAUCCAGCAAGAGGGAUGAAAUGAACCAUGUCAUGAGGAAUGAGCCAAUAGCAACCGCCAGUUUGGAGCCAGUGAAUCAUUCAGGAAAUCACAUCAGCACCUUUCCGUCUUCAUCCCAUGGCAGUCGCCAACUGACUCUGCCCCACUCUGUUACCAGGUCACUCGCUCCUCAAACUUCCAUGUCUCCCAGCACCCUACGUUUGGAUGAAAAUCUCCCAAACCUGCACAUCAAACAGGAAUGGCCACAACUCCUUUCUGAGAGUGAAGGGCUUUCCAGUCAUUCUGAAAUCGGGGUUGCCAGCAGUCUGUCAUCAGAAGCUGAGCCAUUGAACAGCGGCAUCUCUGGUUCUUAUUCAUCAUAUUUCUUCAGCAAUGACAGCAACUCCUCGCUGGGGUUUAUGUCAAGUGCCAGCCCUCGUCAAGUGAACAAACUACAACUGGGCAAUGUGAAGAAACGAUCGGUUUCAAUUUCACCACUUUCAGCUGAUGGGCUCGACAUCACCGCCAUCAUUCGCACCUCUCCGACAUCACUUAUUGCUUGCGUCAAUGGGAUGCGGAGCACUUCCAACAGUCUUCUUUCUCAGUCUGGAGGAAGUGGUCACGUUGGAACUCGAAAGAACUGCAGUGUGCAGUCCUGCUCUGUAUUAGGUAGCCAGUGUAACUUGGCUUCUCCUGCUUCGUCGCUGUCCUCCUUCCCAACACACAGUGCUGAGCAAGAGGAUACUGAGCGUGACCAUGUUCCUUUGCAGCAAGUGGAGGAAAACAUGGACCUAGGUCUGGUCACAGGCAACAUGGUUGUUCAACAUGGAGUGACAGAUGGUUGCAAUAAAAUUAACUUUUUCAAGCAUGAGCCCAUUGAUGAAUAUUCACAUGACACAAAACUGUUUCAGCACCACCAGGGUCCUCCUCCUCCAUACCAUUCCCAGCAGCACUUUGGUCAACCCCAUGGGACCAUACCUCACUUACACAGACAACUACCCAAUGGACAGAUUCAACUUGAAGAUGCAGGUGAGCUGGUCAAGAACUUUGGGAAGCAGGUUUGUCGAUGGAUAGACUGCAGUGCUGUCUAUGACCAGCAAGAGGAGCUGGUGAGGCACAUCGAGAAAAUGCACAUUGACCAACGCAAAGGAGAAGACUUUACUUGUUUCUGGGCUGGGUGUGUGAGGCGAUACAGACCCUUUAAUGCUCGUUACAAGCUCCUGAUACACAUGAGGGUUCAUUCAGGAGAAAAGCCUAAUAAAUGCAUGUUUGAAGGCUGUAAUAAGGCAUUUUCUAGACUAGAAAAUCUCAAGAUCCACCUGCGGAGCCAUACAGGGGAGAAGCCUUACCUUUGCCAACAUACCGGCUGCCAGAAGGCUUUCAGCAACUCCAGUGAUCGUGCCAAACACCAGCGAACACACCUGGACACAAAACCAUAUGCUUGUCAGAUCCCAGGGUGCACAAAGCGCUACACUGAUCCAAGCUCAUUGAGGAAGCAUGUCAAAGCACACUCUGCCAAACAGCAACAGGUGCGUAAGAAGCUGCGCUCGGGAACUGAACUUGAACAAGAUAUGAUGAACGAUUGCUCAACUAUUCAAGCUCUUCAACCAGCAACUUCGCCGUGCAGUGUAACAAACAACACAAUUGGAAGAACUUUGGUGGUCAAUCAUGAGCUAUAUCCAGGGAUGUACAGUUGCUCUCCCACCAGCCGUAACGGGCCAGCAGCAUCUAUUUUAUCAUCUCCACAGCUCACCCGAAGUUCAUCCUCUGAUUGCCAUUCCAUUGAAGGGGACUUACACAGUCCACACGGUCAUCUUGCACAACUGCCAAAAGGGGAAGACUCAAAACCAGGGGAUGGACCUGUUGUUCUUCCUUUCUCUUCUCUAGCCAGUCCAAGGAAAAUGUUAGCCCCAGCAUUGCUACAGAAACAUGGUUCUCACUCACCUCAGCCAUCCAGCAACCAACUCAACGGAGGGCACCACAAAUCCUACCCUGUUUUUCAAAACCAACUGAUGCAACCCAUUCAAGCAGGUUACCAAGGAAGCUUUCAUACCAUGCAGCACACUUUCCAGUAUAGCGACUCAUUUAGAACAAUGGAGCAAACUACAAUUCACAAUUCUCUUUCAGUAGAUGAUUCACACUGCCCUAGUCCAGCUCGGCAUAAUGGUUACCAUUCACGCAUUGCACAUGCAAGUCUAUCAGGGUUUGAUAUUGUGCCAGAAUCUCAAGGCACAUUCGGAGAAACACUUCAUAAUGAACCAGAAGACAAUGGACUUUUCCAGAUCAGCACUGUUGACCGUUGUCUGAAUCAGCUGUCCUCUGUUUAUACAGAGACCUGAAACCAAUAUCUUUCAGCUGGAUCAUUCUGAUUGGACUAUCAACUGCCCGGCAUGCCUCUGCUCAAGUUACAUUCAAAGACUUAAGCAAUGAUAUUGGAUUAGUCAAAGUAUCUUAUUACAUUUCAACAGCCAUAGACUUCUAUCCAACUCCAAAUGCUGAUCAUCCAAAGUGAAAUGAUUAUAGGUGGAUAUUAGAACAUUUACACAGUCCUCAUGAGCCUAUCACUGUGUAUAUUAACAAAAUCAGCACAGCUAUCAUUGUGAGUUUAAGCUUCAUCAUUACUGUAAAUUUCUUUCUGUUUAUUAGCAACUGACUGGAAACAACCAAACACUUUUGACCUAUGAUUAGGAUCCCCUGUAAAACUGUCAGUGUUAUUGUUCCAAAAAGUAACACAAUUGCAUAUUAUAUGAUGUGUGGCACAUUGCAAGUGUGUGCUAACCUAAUGAACAAGGAUCUAAUGCAAUGUUAAAAACUUUUAAACAAAUAUGAAAAAACAGUAAAUAACUUGCUCUAUCAUGCUUAACAUCCUUCCAAAGGCCAUGCAUUACUGUUGAUACUAUGCAUCCAUCCACCUUGAGGGCAUGUUUAAUACUUUCAACUCCCCCAACUAUAAUGAAACACAUCCAAAUACACAUCUAUCCUCACAUCUUCACUACUAAAUAUUGGCCUGAGAUCAACACAAACACCCUUACUGAAUCUUGUCAUCUACAGUGACAAAUACAUCCAGAAUUUGUUACCAAGUCUUUAAUUUGCUUAUAUGUAAUUGUUUUAAAGGUAAACUUGAAAAAAGCUGGAAAUCUACAGCUUGUCAACCAGAAUCUCAAAGAUGACAAUAUUUUAAAGUGUGUCAUACUGAUAAAGAAUCACAUAAUUUCCCAAAUCCCUCAGCAUCUUUAUGUAUACUUAAGCCAUUCUUAAAACCUAUCUGUUUAAUCAAGAUUUUAGUUAUACCUCAGUCUUGCCUUCUUUGGCUUGAUUACCCUUUCCUAUGAUUCUAGGAAGCUCAUUGAGAUGUUUUGCUGCAUUAAAGGUGCUACAUAAAUUAAAAUAUUUUUGGUGUCUUUCUUUUUCGCAAUGUCUGGCUUGCUGAGCAUUUCUUAAGACUUCAUUUCAGAUUUCCAAUAUUUGCUGUGUUAUUUUAGACAACAAACAUGAAAUGUGUUGUUGCCAUUGCACUUUUGAUACCAAUGCUUCAGGCAUCCAGAUGUGCAAAGAGAGCAGCCGAUUUUGUAACUUGUUAAUCACUUUUUUCUGGCUAAGGUCAAAUGUAAAAUAGCAUGGGUAUAAAUUUGUAAAGAAUGUUACUUUUAAAAAAAAAUCCCAGUGUCUUUAAGGUUUUCAAGUUCACUCUUUUUGUACAAAAUAUUCACAUCAACAUAAUGUACAUAGUGUGUGUAACAAUUUGAGUAUUCGUAUGACAUUUUACAAUUUAUAUAACUUUUGAAUGGAUUAUU